AUGGACGAACUACUCACACCUAUUCAGGAUGCCCUUGAAGGCCAAAUUGACUUCCACGGCCAACGUCUAGCAGAACUACUGUCUACCAUCCUGCUAGUUAUCUCGGGGGUCGCUUGCUUCCUCAUCGGAUAUGUCUACAAGGACAUCCACCUCACAUUAUGGACUGGUUUGGCAGGCACACUGUUCACAGCUUUCAUCGUUGUUCCGCCCUGGCCGAUAUACAACCGCAACCCGGAAAAGUGGCUGGGCUCACCAAGCGCAAGAGCAACUCCGGGUAUAACUGUGGACGGGGUGAAGGUGCAAUAA